AUGCCGGCAGUCGUGCUCACCACCAACGUCAAGCCCAGAGAUGAGGCUCAUGAGAAGGAACUGGUGUUAGACCUAUCCAAGGCACGCAUUUCAAAUCCGCAGACGUUUUCGGCACAGACUCUUGGCAAGCCUGAAAAGUACAUCUCUGUAGCUUUCAACUAUGUCGGCACCUUGAGCUUCCACGGCACCUUUGACCCGGCCUUUUUGCUGCAUAUCACUUCACUCGGUAACAUUAAUCCGGAAGUCAAUGAAGUUUAUAGUAAAGCCUUUUUCGAGCAUUUCAAAGAGAAAUUGAAUAUCCCUGGCGAUCGCGGCUAUAUCACCUUUUACGAUCCAGGGAAUGCAUACCUCGGACAUGAGGGAACGACGUUUGCCACGAUUUUUGGCAAGAAGUGA